AUGCAAUCGCCCGGAUUCUCCAACACUGUGUUGUCAAGUGUGUUUAAGGGUUCCCAAAAGGGCCAAACCCUGUCCCUUGAGAUGAAGCAGUACAUGCUGGAGGAGAUUACUGCUCGCGGGGCUUUCUCCGAAACUAAGGCCGUGUUGAGAAAAUUGCAUACGGAACUGCUGCGCCUUCUUAUGGAGACCGAGAAGAAAGCAGGUGGCAUAGAGAAUUGGGCGCUGCGCUUGUUGAUUAUGAAGCUGGAUAUUGCUGAGGAAAAGAAGGUGGCGCCUCCCAAGAGUGAUUCUCACUGGGGUGUCAACCAGCGACGAGCGUGGAAAGGAUGUCAGAAGAAUGGGCGGCCUAUUGACAAGGCUUGCUUUUUGAGGGCUAUGGAAGAGGCGUUGCAGAAAUGA